AUUGGCUGAUAAGAAAACUGAGUUAUUUUCUUGUACUUAAUUCUUUAACAACUGUAAACUGUGUAUAAGUUUUUCUUCCUUUGUUUAAUACAUUCUCGUUCAUUUAUCAUGCAGAAUUUCACUUCCGUUUUGUUGUCGUUCAAUCAACAGAAAAUUUUGCCCUAAAAUGUACUCGCUGUAGCACUUAUGUUCUGCCUCGCUGUUCAUUACCAUGUCUCACAUUCAAUAUCUUGAUGAGCUUAUCAAAGAAUAUCUACUGUUCAGAGGGUUUCCUGGAACUUUAAAAGCCUUUGAUAACGAUCUCAAAAAUGACAAAGACAAAGGGUUUAGGGUUGACAAGAUAAUUGAGCAACUAAUGCAGUCAAUUCACUCUCAUGACCUAAAUGCGAUUCGUGACUUAUGGACUCAUCUUGAACAAAAGCUUUUUUCUAGAUUAGAGCAAGAAUUCUUUCCAGCUGCAAAGAAGUUGGAAUAUGCAAUUUACAAGUAUUACUUAGCACAAGCUGUUGCUUACAACAAACCCGACAAAGUAGCUGAGUUUUUGUCAAAAAUGACCUCAGAGCUACAAGGUCAAAAUGAAUGGAAAGACUGGUUUAUGCUGCCAUACAUGAAAUCUCCUGAAGAAAAUCCUUUAUUUGCAACGUAUUUCACAAAACAAUGGCAAGACACACUACAAAUUGCUCUCCAUAAUUUCUUGGCCUCUGUCUAUCAGGUGCUGCCGCUGCCAACUUUAGCAAGCUACCAAGAGGAAGCAUUAAGGUUUAGAAAAUUAGAAGAAGAAAAUGAGUCAUUGAAGCAGAAAUUAGCUAUGUUAGCAGAGCGUCAACAUAGUAUAACUUCCAACUCCAACGCUGAGGAUAGUGUGAAGCCACCUGUUAUAACGCAAUUAGAGCUUAUUGAUGAUUUUUAUAUUGUAGGAUUGGAAGCAACCUCAAAGGAACAACCAGCGGAAGGCCAAUCAAAAGGUUUAAAAACUUUAAUUCGUAAUAUUGGCAGCGGUCUCCCAUCAAGUCCUGUUAUGGGCAGGAAACAAUCUGGUGCUUACGGAAGCACAGAAGCUCUGAAUAUUCGCUCUGGAAAUAAGCAGUGUGUCAGUCCGUCAAAUGCCUCAGCUGGAUGGGUCAAACCAUCAAUUGGGAGUGAUUCAGGUGGAGGAAUAAGCAAAAGAUCAUCAUCAGUUGAAGGAAGAUCUGCAAGGGUCCGAGCAGGUAGAGACAAAUCAGUUGAUGCUUUGAGCCGGAGGUCGAGUGGAAAACCAACCCAACCAGGGAACACCUUCAUUCUUCUAAGCCAAGAAUCAUUCCUAAAACACAAGACAACUGUGACGCAGUGUCGCUUUAACUCCAGUGGGACAUUAGUUGCAAGCAGUGAUAUUCUAGGAGUUUUGAACUUAUGGUGUCCUACACCGUCACCAAGACUAUUAACAACAUUCCAGCUGAAUUCAAGCAUUCUUUGUCUAGAUUGGGUGAAAAGAAAUGAACGAUAUUUGAUUGUUGGCACUGAGAGUGGCACUAUACUUCUAGUCGACACUAGAGAACAUAAAAUUAUCUGGGAAACAGGAAAUGAUUCAAGCAGUCUUUUAUUCAACAAUAAAGUUCUGUGUGUAAGCUGCAGCCCUAUGGAGUCCAGUUUUAUCUGCUCUGUAGUGAAUAAAAGCAAUGAUGGGAAGCUACUAUUAUUUGACAUCAAAACAUCCAAAAUGGAGAAAGAAAUAUCUCAUGGGCGUGAAAGCACUGUUUAUGUUACUGCUGUCACAUACAACCAUAAUGGUCAGUUGCUCAUCGCAGGUUGUUCUGACGGCUCUGUCCUAACAAUUGAUGUUCGCCAUGCUGAGUGCAUAGAUUCCGUUCAAUGUCAUCAGACUGCUGUUCAUAGUAUACAGCUUACGCCGGACUUCAAUGCUUGGUAUUCUCUGGGAAACGGGGAUAAGUUAUACCGAAGAAGUCUGGAUUAUCGGUCAAAUGCGGUCGCAGUUUGGGAGGUUGCAUUGAAAAGGAAUGAAAAUAAUGACAGUGAAUUACCAUGGAGGUUUGUCUUACACCAUUCAGGAUCAUACAUUCUUGUCAGCUCAGGGCAGUGCAGCGGUCACAUUUACCAGAUUUCUCUCAAAGGCCUAACCUUGUCUCUAGAAUUAAAAGGGCAUGAUAGCCCUGUAGUUGCAUGUGAUUGGACGACAGCUAAUCAAUGUGGAUCAUGUAUUACCGCUUCAACUGAUGGCAAGAUCUGCGUAUCAACAAUUCUCCAUAACGCUCCAUGAUUUUAUUCAAAGGAAUAAUUUUUUACACUUACCAUUCCUUGAUUCUCUGCAAUAUUCAUGUAUCGUUGAUUGUUCUGUGAAGAGCUCUGCUCUUAGAUCUGGUCAUACGUUUUCUACUUCUUACAUACUUAAAAUUUUUAUUCACUUAAUACUUCCCCAGGAACAAAAAUAUUUUAGUCAAGCUUCAAAUUAUUUUUUUAAGUACGAUACAAUGUAUUAUGAAUACUUUGUCAAUUGAUUUUGAGCACGAGAUGUGAGUACAAAUUGGUCAUGCAUGUACAGGUUUCCUCAAUACGUUGAAAGUGUCUUGUCUUAGAAACAAUUUUUGAAAGAGAUGUGACUAUCAUAGGUAAGCUUCCUUAAAUUUAUUGAGUUGCUGAGCACCUUUUGGCACUCUGUUAUUGUGUGAAACCAUAACAUUUAGGACUCCAUUCAAGAUGAAUAUCACACUUUAUCCUACCAAAGAAAGUACAUAGUGUGCCAGAAAAGCACAAUUAAGUUUGCCGCUCUCUCUUUGCCUCAUACUAGAUUUUGUUACCUUUUAUAAUUGCUAUUUUGUGUUAUUUUUGUGUGAUUUUGUUAUCUGUGAUAAAGAAUCUAUAAAUAAACUAAUGAAGAAAAAAAA